UAGUAUUCCAUCGUGUAGAUGUACCACAGUUUUCUAAUCCACUCAUCUGCUGAUGGGCACUUAGGCUGUUUCCAGAUCUUAGCUAUGGUGAAUUGUGCUGCUAUGAACAUAUGGGUGCAUAUAUCCUUUCUGAUUGGUGCUUCUGGUUUCUUGGGAUAUAUUCCUAGAAGUGGGAUCACUGGGUCAAAUGGGAGUUCCAUUUUUAACUUUUUGAGGAAACUCCAUACUGUCUUCCAUAGUGGCGGCACCUGUCACCAUAUUCUUGUGCCACUGCCUUCAUUAAGGCCCUCAUCAUAGCUGUUAUCUUGAGUUCAGCACCCUUCUGUAACCACCCUGCCAGCACUCUAACUCGCCUCCAUUCCCUCCAUCCAUAAUACCUCUGCCAAGUUAAUCUUUUAAGACAUUAUUUUCAUCUUUUCACUUACUUGACCAAAAAGGUCAGUAUCUAUCACCAACCGAAUACGGCACACUUACCUUCCAGCCUUAUAUCUGCUUCUCCCAGACAAGCUUUCUACUGCAGCCAAACUUGGUACAUCUCUUCUGCCUUUUUGCUUGUGCCAUUUCUCAUGCUUGUAGUGCUCAUCCUCUUCUUGAGCAGGUAUCCUGAAUCUUCCUCAAUCUUAGGGCCCACCUCGUAAUCUGCUUCUUCUCAGAACAUUCCAGUCCACACUGAUAAUAGCCAAAUACAUAUUGCAGUUUACAAAAUGCAUCUGCCUGAGAAGUCAACACUGUCAGUCCCAUUUUAUGAAUGAGGAAACUGAGGCACAGAAAGUUGAGUGACUUGCCAGAGGCUAUGGAGCUGCUAAUAUAGUUUAGCCUUUAGUCUCCCCUCCCCUUCUCCCCCCUCCUCUCCCCUCCCCUCCCCUUCCUCUCCUCUCCUCCCCUCCCCUUCCAUGAUUUUAACUCAGUGACCACAACCUCUCUGACCUCACAGCAUUAUGGUCUUCAUCACUCCUUCUAUCCUUAAUCACAUAAUGCCUAUGACCAGCAGAAAGAGGGGCCUUGAGGAUGCAGGGCAAGGUCCAAGAUGAGAUCAUCUCUAUUUGACAUCAAAACUGGCCAAUAAGUAUAUAAGGGAUGAGCUGAGCUAACUGGAAACUACCCUGUAUGAUGCUCUGUGAAUUAAGGGAGUGGAGCUCGCUCACUCUACACGCUGCUUCACGCCUGAGGAUAUCAAUGGAAAAGCCCCAGUCCCGGGCACAGGCAUGGGCCUGGAUAUGGACGUGAGCUUUAUGGGGCUGCCACUAGUUGACCAGAAACACAGCAGUGGACAAAUGGAGGCUGUGGUACUGACUUGCUUGUUGUGCCAACAGGACCUGCAAUAUGUGGGUGCCUGGCUCCUCCCGUGCCAGCAUUUGAUCUGUAAGGACUGCUUCCAGGGCUUGAUCCAGGAGCUAGGGCAGGUUUCCCAGACUCAUGGGACUGUCCCAGAGGAGCUCAUCUCCUGUCCUGGGUGUAAGCGAGUGUACCCUACCAGGGAUGUAACUGAACAUUUUUUUCUGCAGUGCUUCUCUGCUGGGCAAUUCAAGAUGGCCAGGAACUGCUCCGAGUGCAAGGAGAAGAGGGCGGCGCACAUUCUCUGUACCUACUGCAACCGCUGGCUCUGCAGCUCCUGCACGGAAGAGCACCAGCAUGGCCCUGCCCCUGGGGGUCCACUUUUCCCGCCGGCCCAGAAGGGAUCUCCAGGAGUGAAUGGUAGUUCUGGGGACUUCGCCUUGUACUGUCCUCUACACACACAGGAAGUGCUUAAGCUAUUCUGCGAGACCUGUGAUGUGCUCACGUGCCAUAGAUGCCUCAUGGUGGAACACAAAGAACACAGGUGCAGACAUCUUGAAGAAGUUCUGCAAAAUCAGAGGAUGCUUCUGGAAAGUGUGACUACACAGGUGGCUCAUAAGAAAUCCAGCCUGCAGACAUCUGCAAAGCAAAUUGAGGACAGGAUUUUUGAGGUGAAGCAUCAGCACAGGAAGGUGGAAAACCAGAUCAAAAUGGCCAAGAUGGUUCUAAUGAAUGAGCUGAACAAACAGGCCAACGUGCUCAUAGAAGAGUUGGAGGGCAUUACUAAUGAGAGAAAGCGGAAGCUGGAGCAGCAGUUACAGAGCAUCAUGGUGCUCAACCGUCAGUUCGAGCAUGUGCAGAAUUUCAUCAAUUGGGCUGUUUGCAGCAAAACCAGUAUCCCUUUCCUUUUCAGCAAAGAGCUGAUUGUGUUUCAGAUGCAGCGAUUGCUGGAGACAAAUUGUAACACAGAUCCUGGCUCCCCUUGGAGUAUCAGAUUCACCUGGGAGCCUAACUUCUGGACCAAGCAGCUGGCUUCCCUUGGCUGCAUAACCACAGAAGGUGGACAACUGUCUCGGACAGAUACCCAUGCGUAUGGAAGUUUACAGGGGCCAUCGUCCUUUUAUCAAAGCCACCAGUCUCCAGUAGCUCAGCAAGAGGCUCUUAGCCACCCCUCACACAAGUUCCACUCUCCAGCACUGUGUUCCUCGUCUGUGUGCUGCUCCCACUGCUCCCCCGUCUCGCCCUCCCUUAAAGGCCAGGUCCCCCCACCCAGCCUACACCAAGCUCACAGCUUUCGGCAGCCCUCUGAGGUGGUGCCCCAGCAGCUGGGGUCACUGCAGUGCUCCACCCUGCUACCCAGAGAGAAAGAGCUGCCCUGCAACCCUCACCCACCAAAGCUGCUGCAGCCGUGGCUGGAAACCCAGCCCUCCGUGGAACCGGAGAGCACAUCCCAGCGGCUGGGGCACCAGCUGACCUCCCAGCCGGUGUGCAUUGUCCCCCCGCAGGAUGUUCAGCCUGGAGCCCAUGCCCAGCCCACCUUACAGACACCCUCGAUCCAAGUCCAGUUUGGCCACCACCAGAAGCUGAAGCUCAGCCACUUUCAGCAGCAGCCACAGCAGCAGCUGCCACCUCCGCUACCUCUGCCACCCCCACCCCAGCAGCAGCCACCCGCACUUCUACCUCCAUCCCAGCACCUGGCUUCUAGUCAGCAUGAGAACCCUCCUGGGCCUGCCUGUUCCCAGAACGUGGACAUAAUGCACCACAAGUUCGAGCUGGAGGAAAUGCAGAAGGACCUGGAGCUUCUCCUUCAGGCUCAACAGCCCAGCCUGCAACUGAGUCAGACCAAAUCACCUCAGCAUCUUCAGCAAACCAUUGUGGGGCAGAUCAACUACAUUGUGAGGCAGCCAGCCCCCAUCCAGUCCCAGACCCAGGAGGACACCGUGCAGGCUACAGAUGAGCCCCCAGCAUCUGAAGUCCCAAAGCCAGCUCUCUCUCUUGACAAGAAUACAGCUGCUAACUUGCCCCAGUCAUCUGGGGAAGAAACCCCUCACAGUGUUCCCUCCCUGGACAGCACUGCCCAGCACUCCUCUCCAAAUGUGGUGAGAAAGCACUCCACCUCUGUGAGCAUCAUGGGCUUUUCCAACACUGUGGAGAUGGAGCUGUCAUCUACGAGGCUGGCGAAGGCCCUAGAGCCGCAGAUCAAGAGUGUGAGCAGCCUGACAGCUGCCCCUCUUCAGGCAGUACCAGGCCUGCUGAGUGCCCCCCCACCGACUGUGUCCAGCCUGACAAGCAGACAAAACCAGGCUCUGUCCAGCCUGACAGGCAGUCACCUGCAGACAAUGCCCAGCCUCAUGCGUGGCACAGCCCGGUCCAUGCCCAGUCUGAUUAGUGAGGCCUCCCAGGCCGUCACAAACCGGGCAAGUAAUUAUGGUCAGGCCGAGCCCAACCUGAUGUCUGGUCCCAGCCAGGCCGUGCCAAGCCUGGCAAUUUGUCCUCUGCAGAGUACGCCUCCGGCUUCUGACGUGCAGCCCAACACUGGAGCCAGUGGCAGUCCUGGCCCUGGCCGAGCUGCAGGGGGCCUGCGCCCUGGCGAUGGGGCUGACCCCUCCAUGGGGAACACCCUCUGUAAGAUGGAAAGUGAAGAUUCCACCCAUUUCAAUGACUCUUUGGGACAAGAUCCCACAGGCCCUGGUCUAGAUGUUUCCAAGGACUUGCCUGUCCCCUCAGAACUGGAGGAACCAAUUAACCUCUCUGUGAAAAAACCACCUGUGGUCUCAGUGGUCAAAACAUCCGUGGCUCUGCAGCAGUACCAGAACCUAAAAGAGUAUGAGAAUGUUGAACAAGGAGCCCUAGAGCUGGAUACAAAAGAGAACCAGAGUAUCAGAUCGUACAAUAGUGAGUCCAAGAUUCCCUAUGUGCGACUAGAACGACUCAAGAUCCGUGCUUCCUCCUCGGGAGAGAUGCCUGUGUUUAAGUUGAAGCCACAGGAGAAUGAUCAGGAUGGGAGCUUCCUGUUGAUCAUCGAGUAUGGCAAUGAGUCCUCCAGCAUGUCCAUUAAGGUCAGUCAGAACACCCUGCCUGAUGCCAGCCAGGCCCCAAGUCUGGGAGGAAGGAAGGUCACUGUCACAUCUCUGGGGCAGCAGUCACCAGAGGUGGAGGGGGCAUCUCCCGAAGAACACAGACUCGCUCCUCGAGCUCCUGGAGCCAAGAAGGGGCCGCCAGCACCAAUAGAGAAUGAGGACUUCUGUGCUGUGUGCCUCAAUGGGGGAGAGUUGCUGUGCUGUGACCGCUGCCCCAAAGUGUACCACCUUUCCUGCCACUUGCCAGCCUUGCUCAGCUUCCCAGGGGGAGACUGGGUGUGUACCUUGUGCCGCAGCCUGACCCAGCCCGAGAUGGAAUACGACUGUGAGAAUGCCCGCUAUAACCAGCCUGGAAGCUGGGCCCCUCCUGGCCUGGGCAUAUCUGACCAGAAGAAGUGUGAGAAGCUGGUACUGUCCUUGUGCUGCAAUAGCCUCAGCCUGCCUUUCCACGAACCUGUCAGCCCUCUGGCCCGGCAUUACUACCAGAUUAUCAAGAGGCCCAUGGACCUGUCAAUCAUCCGGAGGAGGCUGCAGAAGAAGGAUCCAGCUCACUACACCACCCCGGAGGAGGUGGUGUCAGACGUGCGCCUCAUGUUCUGGAACUGUGCUAAGUUCAAUUAUCCUGAUUCUGAGGUUGCAGAGGCCGGCCGCUGCCUGGAAGUAUUCUUUGAAGGCUGGUUGAAGGAGAUCUACCCAGGGAAACAGUUCGCCCAGCCGAGGCAAGAAGACUCAGACUCCGAGGAGGUGUCUAGUGAGAGUGGCUGUUCCACUCCCCAGGGCUUCCCGUGGCCCCACUACAUGCAGGAGGGCAUCCAACCCAAGAGGCGGCGGCGACACAUGGAGAAUGAAAGAGCAAAAAGAAUGUCUUUCCGCCUGGCCAACAGCAUCUCCCAGGUGUAGAUCUGGCAGGAGACAGCACUCUGGCAGAUGGUGCCACAUCCUGUUGACCACUCCUCCCCCCCUUUCAGCUCAUUCUCUUCAGAUUGUGGAUGUGAGACAAGUCUUGUCGAGCUGGUGUAGUGCCCUUCUUUGCCAUUUGCAUCUUACAGCAUUUAUUUGGGAACCACAGUGCAUCUACUACAGAGAAGAUUUCAGUAAUAAACUGCAGAGGGAAUAUUCCCUACUACCAGAUGUAUAGGGUAACAUGACAAGACCAAGCCUGCUCAGGCUUGGGGGGACCUACCUUCCUUGGUGAGUCCUUGCUGCUGAGGAAAGCAAACUUUCCUCACCUUUCAGUGCAGGGCUCAGGAGCAGUGUAUAUAUCUGAACUCCUCUUGGGCUCAAAAGAGGGUAAAGAAGGGAGAGAGGUUCUGACAUAUGGCAGGCCUGUGAUCCCUGGUCCAGCACAGCCAAAGACUGUCACUGUUUGCCUUUGCUUGGUCUGCCGGGACAGAGGCACCAGCCCUGGGCAGGGUGACGGAGGCCAGAGGUCUCAAUUGGUGCCUAUUCGGGUUCUAACGGUUUUCAGGGUAUUUGUUUUCCAUGCCCCCUUCCUGAUGUUGAUAGGUGGCUGCUGUGCACAUGCUCUGGGGGGUAUGGCAUUCUUGAUGGGGCUGGUGGCUGUGUAGGGACCACUUACAUCUUUAGGUUCAGAUUUCACUGAGCUUUAGAAGAUGUCAACUUCAGAGCUAGCUCUCUGUGCUACUCACUUUGGGCUAAGAGCUCUUCUUUGGUGUCAGAACCUGCCUUCCUAGAGAUGAUUGUUGGUGGCUACCCCUUCAUUAUCUCCAUUUUGAGGUUUGGAUCCCAAGUUCUGCUUGGGAAUCUGUGAGGCAGCUGCUUCAGGUACAGCGUUUCCUGGGCAAGGAGAGUGACCCACAACCAGCUCACUCUGUUGGGCCCUCUCCUCUUGCUUAGAGAUCCUAGUCCUCAACCUGUCCAUGUUUACAGAGCCAAAGAUUGGAAGUGAGUCCUCUGACUUGCCUGCCCUUGGGGCUGUCCAUGCCCAGAAACAGCCAAGUCUCUACUGGCAGCUCUUUUUUUUUUUUUGGCAGUUGAAGAAGGCCAGUGUGACUGGCAGGAGCCAGACCUUAGCAUUCACGGGGAAGUUCUGUCUAGGAUGGAGAAGGGGAAAGCUGAGAGGCAAAACUCCAGUACCCUUCAGUGGCCCUGAAACCACUUCAGGACUUGACUUCUCCUUGAAAGCAGAGAGAAGAGUUCUAGAAGCCACGAGAACAGGAACAGAGCUCCGAGCUGCAUCUCAGAUGGCUCUUCAUGGUCCAUUCAGGGUGUUUGGGAGGAAGAGGCACAGGCAGAUGCUGGGGGUCAGGCCACCUCGCCAGCAAAGGCUUGCUCAGGAAAGAACCUAUUGCUGAUGUGGGGAGCUGUGGACCUGGUCCUUCAGUGGCCUGGAGACACAGCUCUCCUUGGUCCUGUCCUGGUUUGGCUAAUUUCAGAGGGUCUUAGGUCAUAGUUUUAUUUUUACUAAGAGAUGCAGUUUAAGGAAGUUCUUGUUUGUUGGGUCUUUGUUGACAGGAACAUUUUGAUCAGAGAAAACAUUUCUUCUCUCCUUGCGAGUUGGUACUGCUCCUUUCCGUCUCCACCCAGGCUGGAGGGUCAUCUUCACCUCACAGCAAACCGUGCCCAUUAACUUGCCAUUCUUUCACCAGCACUUGCCAAGCUCUCCUAAGCAGGUGGGAUUCCACUUCCUGUUUUCUAGUUUGGGGUAACUAAGUCUUGAAUACUCCAGUAGCCAGGCAGUCUUUGGACUUAGCCCUCUGCUCUUUGAGGCUCACAUAAUUUUCUGGUUUGGGCUUUGGCCACUUCCCUUUCAAUUUUUGAAUCUUUUCCUCUGUUCGGUUGGCUUGGCAAGGUCCCCUCUGUAAUUACCUCCCUGAUUUCUGUUCUUGGCGAUUUUUCCUGUGUGUGGCCCACAUUCCCACCUCCCCGGAGAGAGCUUCAUGGUGCUUUGUGUUGGGCAGCCAGGUGAAGGCUGUGACUGGCUCAAACUUGAUUUAAGAUCCUUCCCAGGACCAGUUGGAGACCACAAAUAUGACGCAGAAAUGCCUGGUUAGAUGCUUUGCUUUCUGUCUAUCGAUGAAGCUUCCAGCUUGGGUAUAGCAUGAUGGACCCAGGGACCAGCCUGCUGGGCCAGGGGACCUCAGUAUUGUAGUAGAGAGUCACACAUUCCAUUCUUAUUACAGAUACUCUGCAUGCUGAGAUGCUCCCUUUAGGCACCUGACCUGGGAAGGGCAAAAGGUAGGGUGCUCUUCCCUCCACGGGUUCAAGGCCCUGGCCCACCAUCUCCUUCCUGCACUGCUUACCUGAAAGCACUGUCCUCUCUCUGGCUUUUCCUGUGUGCUUAUUACCAAUGUUGUGAGUCAUGGUUAUGUUUUGUUUUUGCAUGCAGAAAACAGAUCAUGACUUUUUAGAAAAACAAUUUUUUAAAAAGCUACUAGCUGAGUGAUUGACUUCAGUGGCUCUGCAAACAUUUGAGCAAAUUCUGCUUUUGACUUGGUUCUACAGUGGCCCCAUUUUGAAGUCAGUCACGUGCAUUGGCUCCUGACAAAGUCAGGAAUUGAAGGUACAGUGAGUUCUGGAUUCUUAUGGUACAAAAUGCCAUCCUAUAGAAGAACCUGGGCUUCUUGGGUGUGCCGAGAAACAGGAGAGCGGAGUGGCUUCAGUUGAUGUGAAGGGGAUUUUAGUGCAAACUGGUGCAGGAUGAACUUUCAGAGCACUAUUCUAGAACAUGGGUAGGUUGGUCCUGCCUGACUUCUAGCAGUUGCCAACUACACCCUCUGCAGGUAUCCCGAGUGGCAGCCACCAGACCCUCUGCAGCCUUUGCUGUACGCAGGCCCUGCCAUGAACCUCGGCGCACUCCAGCUCCCUGUACCCAUUUCUGGCAACGGGCCCUUGCCUCGCUCCUAAGACCAAGGCCCUUUCUUGUUUGUUCCUGGGCUCUGCUCUAUUUGCUCUCUCGGAUCAUGGUAUCACCUAGAGCAGUGAAGGCGAACCUGUGACACGCGUGUCAGAGGUGACACGCGAACUCAUUUUUUGGGUUGAUUUUUCUUUGUGAAAUGGCAUUUAAAUAUAAAAAUAAAUAUCAAAAAUAUAAGUCUUUGUUUUACUAUGGUUGCAAAUAUCAAAAAAUUUCUAGAUGGGACACGGCACCAGAGUUAAGUUAGGGUUUUUCAAAAUGCUGACACGCCGAGCUCGAACGGUUCGCCAUCACUGGCCUAUGGUCUUCUUUUCUGAACCGAACUGAGCCAUUACUCCUUUCGGAUCGCCACAGCUGUGCUUCCUCUCCCCCACCCCCUCGCUGCCGUUUAUUUAAAUCGCCCGCUUCUCUGGCCAUUCCCGUGGCCUCAGUCGUGCUCCCAGCUUCUCAGCCUUCUGGGCUUCUUCCUCUCCCCAGCUUGAGCCUGUGGCCCGUCUCUGAUAUUUUCAUCAGCAUCCUGAAAUUUCUCAUCCCCUCCUGUUGCUGACACUUCCCCAUUUGCUGCAUCAACCUAUUUUUCGCUCCUUCUCCCUGGGCUGCUAAACAUGGGAGAUCCAUAGUUGGCAGCCUCAGUUGGUCUCUCAGUAUUGAUUGGUGUCGUAAUAUACCAAUCAAUACUGAGAUGUGACAUCAUUAUUCUGCUUUCAGUCCAUGACAUUCAUCUUUGCUCUCAGCCAAUGACUGACCUCUUUGCCCAUUUCACAGGAGAGAGGCCCGAAAGGAAAACUGUCCUUGCCCCCUCGUUUUUCUCCCCAUCCCCACUCUCUGUGUCUCUAUCCCUCCUCUUGCUCCUGUCUGGUGCUCUGGUUCUUGAAUCCUGUUCUGUGUCCUCCACAACUUUGCUCUAUCUCUUGUCCCACAGCUCCUCUUUCUAGCGUCUUCAACCUCCCUUUCCAUGGUUACCUCCACAUAGCCUCCCCAAGAUUAAAAACAAUUUCUUAAGAGUGUGUUGCUCCUUACACUUUUAUCUUGUCAGCCUCAUUCUUUUAAAAAUAAUCUUUUUUACUGAUUUUUCUCAGUCACUCUUCAUUCUGUAUAGUUUUUCAUAAAAGUUACCAGUGACCACCCAGUUGCCAAAUUAAAAAAAAUAUCUUCAGUCCUCAACUGUUGAACUCUGUACAGCAUUUCACACCACUCACCACUUCCUCAUUGAACAUCCUCUUCACUUGGCUUUUACGAUACCACAAGUCUCUGGAUUCUUCUCUUAUCUCUCAGCCACACAGGCUGAGCCUCCCUUGAAACUUAGACAGGGGGACACAUCUGUUACUUACUUUGGUCUCUUCUCUUCAGGAGUUGGGUGGGCAGGAGGAAGCCCAGCUGCUUCUGCUUCCCAGCUGCUCUGCUCCCCUCCCUCUGUGUCAGCCUCUUGUCUUUGGCCUGUUUUCCCCCUGAGCCCAGUUCUCCUCAUGUCAAGCAUGUUUAUGAGCUCUGCCGGGAGGAUAGCAUCUGUGAGUCCUUCCAUCUGUCUCUUCCUACACAGCACAGAGACAGAUUUUAGCCACGUUUGCUAAGAAGUCCAUCUAAAUCAGCCCAGGAGUGUGGCUUGGGCCUUACCAAGAAGCAGUUUGGUAAAUGGGAUUAUCAGGCUAUCAGACAGCUCACCAGCAUGAUCCCUGUACCAGUUAGAGCUUGCCACAAUUGGUGAGGAGCUUGGGAUCAUGGUAAACAUGUUUCCCUGCAUGGUUCAGUGCUGCUAGCCAGGAGGAGAAUCCUGGCAGUGGGUGUCCGCCACUGAGAACAUUCUGAUGGAAGGAAAACUGAGAAGUGCUGUGAUUUAUCACUUGCUUGGGGCUCAGUUGGGGUCAGCCUGGCCUUCUCUAACCAGGUCUUUCCCAUCUGUGCUGAUCAUAACCACCUGCUUGCUCCAGUUGCUAGAGUUGGAAGCAAAUUCGGGUGGUUUAUGUGGAAGUAGGUCUGAUUUGAGCUGGUGAACCGCUAAGUUUUGUCUGUCAGUUAUGAGCGGCAUGACUCAUCUAUAAAGCUGCUCUGCUCCCCUCCCUCUGUGUCGGGCGAGUAUUAAAAACAGCGAUUUCUCAGAGGUUUACCAACUCUAAAGAUGGUAUUGGUGAUUCUAACUCUAAAGUUCAGGCCACACUGGGAACAAAGGAACACUGGGAGUAGUAGGACACAGGUGGGGAUUCUUGGCCAAGGCAGGGCAAAGGGACUUACAGGCCAAACUGAGCUGCUUUGAGGAAAGUCUUCAGUAGCUGGCGCUGCUUCUGGAGCUAUACGCCCAUUCCUCAAGCUGUACCCCUUUCUUGGAUAUCUAGGGUGAGUUCUUCCUGGGCCUUGUCUUAGAAGUGGCCAUUGGAAUCCAAAGUUUUGGUUGGGAGCAUGAGGGAGGGGAAGUGUUACUGAUCUUAAAAAGACCUAUACAUUCAAGAACAAAUUAAAAAAUAGCACUUUUCUUUACUAAUAAUUGUGUCCUGGAGUGUUUUUUCAGUGAAGGUGGUAGAACAUACUUCAUGGUCUUCUUGCCCGUAGACUCCAACAUCAUUAUGAAACCAAGGUAGGGAAGAAUAAACUGGGGAGCCAUCUUUCCAGGAAAGAACUGAGUUCUCUGCUUCUUUUAUUUAGAUUGUUCACAGAAUUGUCGGGAAGGCCAGAAAUACAGCCUAUUCUUCAAAAUACAGGCAGCAAAUCUGGGGUGGGGUAACAAAAAAACCCUUAUGAAUGCCCCCACUUCUACGUGAUAACAUUUCAUGAAUGUGCUUUAUAUAGUGAUAUUCCCAGUUGCCUAGCCUUAUCUCUCCUCUCUGCCCACUCUAUACCAGUGGUUUCUAGCCCUUUAGAGUAAGGGCAUUGUAUUGAAUAUUUUUCAUUCAUUUCAUCCUAUUGAGGGGAUUCCCCACCUCAGGAGUCUUGAGAGGCAGAGCUCCCUUCUCACUACAGAAACUAGAUAUAUUAAAGUCUUGAUUUCCCAGCAUGCCUUGCAGCCA